AUGAUCCGCAUUUUCUUCACGGGCACCGUAGCCUUUUCGAUUCCUUUGCAGCAGCUCUUGUCCCUUGAUGCUUUCUGGAAAGGCAGCAUCAUGGGCAUUGUUGCUUGCAUCGGAACCAAGGUCAUUUGCGCACCCUUCAUGGGCAAAGCCAGAUGGGUCAUUGGAUGGGCUAUGGUUGGCAGAGCUGAGUUUGCGUAUUUGAUUGCGCAGAUGGCUCUCUCCAGUGGAAUGAUGGACCCAGGGACCUUCUCCGUUGUGAUCUGGGCUUUGCUGUAUGCCACCAUUUUCGCCCCAUUUGUCUUCCGCUUCCUGCUGAACCGCUAUGUGGCAUCUGAGGGUCUGGGAGAGGGGGCAGCGGGAACGGGUUUCUCUGACUCGGAUUCUUCCUUGUAUGACGAAAAGGAUGAGACUGCAAAGGACAAAGACUUGGAGGGCAUUGAUGUGGCUGGAGCCUUGAAGAAUAAACCCACGGAGUACGGCCAAUCUAGCCCUGGAGGUGAAAUGAAGGCUGUUGAUGCAAAGACCGUGAGAAACCUGGAUGACAAAGGCAAGGGCGGCUUCCUUUGCUGCCUUUUCUUCAAGAAGAUGGUUGUUCACUGA